GGUAGUGUUGAGUGAUUCCCGAUAAGGCGGGAGUUAGACUCUCGUGCUACAUUUUACGCAUUUUUGAUAGAAUUAUUUACUUGUACAUCGUUGUACCGUUACGUUUCGGAAACUCACCUAAACUACGCCGUAGCGAUUUGUCUGCUACAAAGAAACAGUUGGCUAAAUAACAAAACUACUUAGGCAUCCCUGGAUUAAACAGGUAUUAGAAAGUGCACCGUACACAAGCGACACCUGAAACUGUACUGCCUGUUGCGUCAGAGACACGCGUGAUCUGCGUGUCCUGGAUGUUUGCUGUCAGAAAAGGAAAUCAGCUGUUUAGAGUUUCCGAAACUGUGUUCUACGGUUUGACUUCAGUUUGUAUACGAAAAGCAAUGGAUUACGCAAAGUUCGCUUUGCCAUCACGAUAUCACGGAUCAGAAAAAAGCGUUUGGGUCGAAUAUAUACAGCUUGCACUUGAGCACAAACCACUGAACCUGGGACAAGGUUUUCCAGAUUUCGCCGCCCCAGACUAUGUGACGAAAGCUUUAUCAGAUGCAGCUCUAAGUGACAAUGUAUUAUUAAACCAGUACACAAGAGGAUUUGGACAUCCACGUCUAAUAAGUGCUCUCAGCAAACUGUAUUCAAAAUUAAUUGGAAGAAGUAUUGAUGCUCAGAGUGAAAUUCUUGUUACGUGUGGAGCUUAUGAAGCAUUGUUUGCUUCUAUACUUGGCCACACAAACCCUGGUGAUGAAGUUAUAAUUAUUGAACCAUAUUUUGACUGCUAUGUGCCAAUGGUGCGUGCAGGAGGUGGUGUACCACGCUUCAUUCCUCUUAGGCCGAAAAAAGCUGAGGGUACAGUCAGCUCCUCUGAUUGGGUGCUGGAUGAAAAAGAACUGGAGGGCCUGUUCAAUAGCAAAACUAAAGCAAUAAUAUUAAACACUCCUAAUAACCCUGUUGGAAAGGUCUUCAAUCAGAGAGAACUGGAACUUAUUGCCCAACUGUGCAAGAAAUGGAAUGUUUUAUGCAUUUCUGAUGAAGUUUAUGAGUGGCUUGUCUACAAACCAAAUAAACAUAUACGAAUUGCAACACUUCCGGGUAUGUGGGAACGAACAAUUACUAUUGGUUCAGCUGGUAAAACUUUUAGUGUUACUGGCUGGAAAAUUGGAUGGGCAUAUGGUCCAGCCCCACUUAUGAAAAAUCUCCAAGCAGUCCAUCAGAACAGUGUAUACACUUGCUCAACACCACUGCAGGAAGCAGUAGCAAAAGGAUUUGAAAUAGAAAUUGAACGAAUGGGAUCACCUGAGUGUUACUUUGAAAGUCUUGCUGCUGAGCUUGUAGCGAAGAGAGACUAUAUGGCAAAGUUCCUGUCUGAAGUUGGUAUGAAUCCAACUAUUCCAGAAGGAGGAUACUUCAUGAUAGCUGACUGGUCACCCUUGGAGUCUAAAGUCAAUUUAAAUGAUGAAACUGAUAAAUAUAAGGAUUAUCGUUUCACCAAAUGGAUGACGAAAAAUGUUAAGCUUCAAGGAAUACCACCAUCUGCAUUCUAUUCUGAUGAACACAAGAACCUGGCUGAAAACUUUGUUCGUUACUGUUUCAUUAAGAAAGAUGAAAACCUGCAGAAAGCACAUACUAUUCUGAAAAACUGGAAGAAAUAGUAAUCCUGGUGAACUGAAACAUUAAUUUAAACUGCUUGCUCUUUGGAGUCAUGUCUAAAGUAAAUGCCUGAUGGAGGCGAUGUUAAACCUGCUUGGUUCUGUCUCCUGUAAAUUGCAAUCUCUUUUUCUAUUUGUUCCUAUUAAAAAUUUGUAUUGUAAGAUAGAAGUACAUGUACUGAAAUAUGAAAAAGGAACAGGUAAAAAAUUCACUUGUAAGCGAAUAAAUUAUUUUAUGAUAAUAACUUGCAUUUAAAAGUGAUGUAUUUGGAAGCUGUUAAGUUCUUUGUCUGGCCUCUAAUUUGAGAAAAAUAGCUAAAUUCUCAAGAAUCUCAAAGCAUGUUGAGAAAUGUUGAACUGUGCUGCCCACUCUCGGACAGGUGUGCAAAUCGGCCUACUGUUAGUGCAAGAACAAUUUCCUAAAAGUGCGGCUAUCAAGUGAAGCAAGCCCUGUAUACAGCGCUCACAGAUGGUGCAGUCUCAAUAACAUUUAUUAUGCAUGUAAAAGGAACACUUCACCCAUGCAUAUUAAAUUAAAUGGUAUCAUUUUUGAUUGAUUUACUGGAACACUGGUUUUAAAUUAGUAUGGAAACAAGUUCAUUUAGAAGAACAAAUGUCAUAGAACUAAACCCAGUUUCAAUGUUGUUCAGAAAUAAAUGCAUUUUAUUGUUUUCCAUUAA